AUGCACUCUCAGAUCGAAGGACUUGAGACGCAGAUCGCAGAAAUUCAAAGAUUACAAGAGACGUUCGCUGAGAAGAUAAUGGACCAAGAGAAGGAUAUUGAAAUUAUCAAUGAAGCUGCGUUGCAUACUUCAGAAAAUCUAAGAGAUGGGAACGAGUGGAUUAGACAGGCCAUUAGUAACUCUGCUGGUCGUCGAGUUGUUGUAUUGUUCUGUAUAGUUGUCAUAACGUUCACUCUGUUAUUCAUAGACUGGUACAACCCUUGA